AAUUCCCUAGAAGAUGGCUCACACAUUGACAGUACAGCCACCAGAUCACUGAGUAGCUGCUAGAACUAGGAAACCAGACAGUCUCAUUUUGGAAACUAUGUUUAAUAUAAAACUAAAUGUUCUCUUUCAGUAAUAGCAAAAUAGUUAAAUAUUAUACCACUUAGAGAAACAAAGGGUAACUUUUAAAUAAACAAAAGGAAAUCUCUGGAGGAUAGUCCAGACAGCACUCUUAUAUUAUCGGUGUCUUCUAAAAUGUGCCCUUCUGGAAAGGAGAGCAGGAACUCACAGUCCUGAUUCAGUAUGGUGUUGCUCUGUGUGUGUAUGUAUGUGUGUAUACACAUAAGAGAAUAUGUGUGUGUGUGUGUGUGUGUGUGUGUGUGUGCCUAUUCUCGUUUUUGAGUAUGGGUGUGUGUGUAUGUAGAGGUCAUAGGACAACCUUGGGAUGUCAUUCUUCCACCUUGUUUGAGACAGAUCAUUCUGGUAAUCACUGUUUGUAUGCAAGGCUGGCUAACCACCAAGCUUCUGGAGAUUCUCCCAUCUCCAUCCCCCAUCUAACCAGAGGAGAACUGGUGUUGUGGGAUUCUUCUUUGCAUGCUAUGUUUUAUUACCAUUGGUUAUUAAAGAAGCUGUUUCAGCCAAUGGCUUAGUGGAGUAAAGCCAGGCAGGAAAUCCAAACAGAGGUAAUAGAGAAAAGUAGUCGGAGUCAGGGAGGCGCCAGGGAGACUCUUUAGCUGCUAAAGGAGACAGAUGCAAAAUCCUUACUAGUAUGCCACAGUCUCAUGCAAAUACAUAGAUUAAUAAAAAUGGAAUAAUUUAAGAUAUAAAAGCUAGCUAGAAAGACGCCUAAGCUAUUGGCCAAACAGUGUUGCAAUUAAUAUAGUUUCUGUGUAAUUAUUCAUGUCCAGGUGGCCGGGUAAUGGCCGAGUAAUCUCCACCUACAAACUGGUAUUACAGCACACAUGAUGUAAUUUCUGGCUCUUCUGUGGUUUCUGGAAUUCUGAAUAUAGGUCAUGAGGCUUGCAUAGCAGGUGCUAUAUCCUCUGAGCUAAAAGAUACUAAUUUCUUUCUCAGUGGUGCUUAAUGCCACACCACAGUUGUAUCUUGACCUUUUCAAGAGGUUAGUUAUAUUCCUCAACAACAGUUUUGCAGCUACAGAGUAUGGGAGAAUGCAGACUAAGGGCUAAGGAGGAAGUACAUGAUUAAGAUUAACCUAUGUGUGUGUCCUGGAAGAAGCAUCAAAGUGAGUUGAUCAUGUCUGUUGGUGUGUCACAGCGAAUAAAAUCUUAACAUGAAGAAUGGAAAUGUCUCAGGUCUGGAAGGUAAGUUUGCAAUGAUAAGUGAACAAUCCAUGAACAAAACAGUGAGCAGAGUGAGCCUGCGUGCACGUGUGUGUGUUUAUGUGUGUAUGUGUGUGUUCAGUACACAUGUGCAUGCUUGUGUGCAGAUCAGAGAUCAGUGUUAAGCGUCAUCCUCAAUCAUUCUGUACCUUGUAACUUAGAUGGUAUCCUUUCACAAGGAGCUUGCUGAAUCUGUCAGCCUGGCCAGAUAGCAAGCCUUGGAGUUUUGCCUGUCUCUGCCUCAGUGGUAGCACUGUAGGCAUGCACAGCCAUGCCUGGCUUUUCAUGUGAGUAUAGUGUCUCUGAACUCAGGUCCUCAGACUUAAGCACCAAGCUGUUUACUCACAGAGCUGUCUCCCCAACCGUAGAAGUGCAUUCUUUUGAUGUUCUGUUUUGAAAUUGUUCUUUCUGGUGAAAGGACCACAGAGUUAGCAAACACUCUUAUCAUCUAGAGCAGCUAGUUAGACAUCAGUGUGUUCCAUAGGCUUUGACAUCAUGCCAAGGCAAAGAGGAUCCACCUGUCACUAUAGCAGUAAAUUAUCUGAUAAAUAGUUGAUAUUUUGGCAAGUGCAUUGAAGACAUGCCAAUUAGAUAAACUUUAAACUGAGUUAUGAAAAUAUCAGUAUCACCAGUUAUGGUGUUGAUUUAAUGAAAUUUGUGGUAAACCAGUUGACUUCUUUUCAUCUAUGGUAAAGUUUUUUUAUCUUGUUUUACCUAAACAAUUAAUUGAGGGCUUAUUUGCUGAUAGGAUAUGAGUGAAAAUGAGCUAAAGUCCUGUGUGCUUAGUACUAGGAAAGUAGGUAUUGUAAAGGUUAGUUAUCAAAACACUGUAGUGAGAAAGUAAAAUCUGAUAGUCUCAGAUUAUCCUCCCAAGCAUACAUGUAACUUAACGAAAGAUAUGAAAACGGCCUUGAGGGAUUGCCACUAACAUAUUACAAUACUUUUAGUGAUUAGGAGAGCUUUAAAAACUAUUUUGGAAAUGCUUGAAAACUAUAAUUACCAAUUUUAUCUUGUCUGCUAUUAGCAUCUUAUUAAUAAGUCUUUUGUACUCAAAUAAGUACAGAGACCCAUGCCUGGACAAUGGGAAAAGAGUGAGACACCUUGACACACGCAGUCUUAAAGGGGAUGUAAUCUCUUCAUCAAAUCCCUCCUUUCAUGGCUCAAGGAACUCUGCCAUAGAAGAGGAGGCAGAAAGAUUAUAAGAGUCAGAGGGGAUGGCAGACACCAAAAAAAAAAAAAAAAAAAAAAAAAAAAAAAAAAAAAAAAAAAAAAAAAAAAAAAAAAAAAAAAAAAAAAAAAAAAACCCAAAAAAAAACCAACAACAAAAAAAAACCACAAGGUCUUCAAAACAUAGGAGGAUCAAUAUACAUGAGCUCUCAGACUGCGGCAGCAUGCAAAGGUUCUGCAUGGGACUAUACCAGAUGGAGUCAUAGAAAGGAAGUAGACACAAGCCCCCAUCCCUAACUCAGAAGCUAUCUCCAAUUGACAGUCACUUGCAAAGGAAAAUUUAGUUUUCUCCAAGGAAGUCCAAACCACAUUUAAGGGUAGGCCCCAUGCCCAUCAAUAAACGGUCAACACAAUACUAACUCAAUGGUAUUUUUGGAGGGAUUUUGUCUCAUAAUGCUUUGUCUGGGUAUUUUUUUAACCUUACAGUUUUUUUCUCAUAUAUUAUAGUUUCUGAUUUUGUGUUUCUGCAGGUUUUCUGUUUGUGCUCGUGUGGGAGGAUGGAGGGACUCCCCUAUUCACCUACCCUCCCGAUGGGUGUGGGGUCAAGUUCUUGUGAAUGGAGUAAGGUUUGGUUACUCUUCAGGUGUUUGGAGGACACGUGAGAGAAAGCUAUAGAAAGGGUUAAAUCAUCUUUUAUUUGAUAUUUUUUUUCCAGUUUCUCGGUGGCUAGGAACUGGAAAUUGGACAAAUCCAGAACAGAAUUCCUUUACUGACCCAUUGUAAUAAUUUAUCAGAUUCUUGGAUCUUUGCCUUGUAAAUAAUUGGUGAAAUUCUUUAAAGUCUUGGGAAUACACAUGGGACUUUGUGCAAUGUUCCUGGCUCAGGAACGGGUUGAAGGUCAAUAAAGGUCUUCAUGUUCUCUGUGUCUUCUGUUUCCCACAAUUCCUCCUCCUUUCCUCUGUCCUCUCCUUGACUGUCCCCUCCCCCUUUCUGCUUCUCUGCAUCAUUACUGUCAGCAGCCGUACAGGCAGUCUGUCCAUGCUCAGCUUUCAGGAUGCAAGAAAGAGAUGCAGAUGGCACGCUGUGGGAAACCCACCCCUCUUGAUUGACACCUAAGUUUUUUUUCUAACUUUUUUCAUUCUACAGAGAAAAAAAAAUGCAAAAUGUCUAGCUCCGCUCUUACUGACUCAGUUCAUUAUGGGCUUUGGAGUCAAGACACCCAAUGUAACCAGGCUUCCGAAAUCUGUGCAAGGCUGCCCUCUGCAGGUCUCCACGAAACAAAUAACUUUACUCGAGUCUAGUACGAGAAGAAAUCCACGCGUUGGCUGAAUGUGAAUGUUCAGGACAGCAAUUCCAGAACCCAGGAAAUAGAGGCAGGAAGGAGACUUCAGCAUCAACCUUGGCUACAUAAGAAACCCAGGGUCAGACUGGGCUGUAGGCAGCCCUGUCUCAAAGCAAGGAAAGAGACUAACAAUAACAACAAAAAUAAAUCAACGGGCAAGGUGCAUUUUUUUGUUUUUUGUUUUUUUGUUUUGUUUUUUUUUUUUUUUACUGUUUUGAGACAGAGUCUUACUAUGCAGCCGAAGUGAGUUUUGAACUCAUCAUAUAUCCUCCUGCCUCAGCCUCUCAAGGGCUGAAGUAACAGGUAUACACCACCACACACAGUCUCAAGGUGUCAUUUCUUUCAGAAAGGUAACACACUGCCUACAAUAAACAUGCAAACACAAUGCCUUGUUUAGACACAUCCUCCUCUUCUUGCCUUUUUUGAGAUAAGAUUUCUAUGUGUAAAAGCACUGUUCUGGAACUUGUUUUGUAGAACAGGCUCACCUUGAACUCACAGAAAUCCCCCGGCCUCUGCCUCAUGAGUGCUUGGAUUAAAGGUGUGCACCACCACCACCCAGCUGUUCUUCUUUUUAAAGUUAUUUAUUUUUAUGUUUUGCCUGCAUGCCUGGUGUCUGCAGAGGCCAAAAGCCCCUGGAAUUGGAGUUACAGGGGAUUGCAGGCUGCCAUGUGGCUGCAGGGAACCAAAUGCUGGUCUUCUGAAGGAGUUCUUAAUUGCUGGAUCAUUUCUCUGACAUGCUAUUCUAUUUAUAUGAAUGAAGAAGUGACAGAUAACCCUCUAAAGCUCUACCUUGUAAUGUUCAUGGAAAGUCUCUGAUUCAGUAGCAUCAUGACGGCUUUAGUCAGACAAUCUAUUCCCUGGAAAGAGUCUUAGGAGAUUGCCAAGAUCUUGCAGCAUUUAGUGGUACGUCUCUGGGACUCUAAAUUUAAUACACACACACACACACACAUGCACACACACAAACAUGCACAUAUUAAAACACACAUGCACACAUUCACACAAAGGCACACAUACAGACAUAUAUUAUUUUCACUUUUGUUUCAGCCUCUAUAUUGUUAUUGAUAUUUCAUAACUGUUACUAAGACUUUAACAAAUUCCAGGAGUUGUGUCACACCCUGUACCUAUAAAGAUUCCACACAUGCUAAGGUGUUUAGAUAUAAAUGCUUUAGACAUGCAAUUAGAUCUAAUUGCCCAUAAUGUAAUAUUUUUGUUCUAGUUGAGGAAACCAUAUAAAAUAUCUAAAAAGCGAAUGGAUUCAAGAGCUGUUAGAUUCCAACCUAUGGAUGGCUCCACAUAUUUUUCAAGGUCAGGCUCGAAUGUAAACCGAACGUCAGGUUCUACACCUAAAUAAGGACCCGUUUGGAAAUUUUAUAUGUAGGAAUGGAAAUAAGGUGAUAGGUAAGUAACUGUGACUACACACACACACACACAUACACACACACACACGUAUAUCCCUAAGAAAAUGAUUUCUAAAUAUGGCUUAUAAAUUACUUAAAAAAAGAGUAAAAUAGCAAACACCAGAGAUGAUUGAAUGAAGUAGGAACAUUUUUCUAGUGGAAGUCCUUGCCCCUUGCUUUUUGCUGUCCACCUUCAUCUGUACUGGAUCAGGAUAUAAAACAUUUCCUUUCUAAGCUUUAAAGCCAAUGCUUUCAAAGAGUUGUUAUUGCUAUUAUUAUUAUUAUUAUCAUCAUUAAUUUGUAAUUGAUUCAUGAGAAUUGUACUUUUGUAGUAAAAGAUUUUCUAGCUGUAAAAUAUUUUAGGUUUCAGUACAUGCAAACUUAAAAAAGAAAUCCACCUGGUCGGUAUCGAGCAUCUGCUUCUGUAAUGAAUGCUUUUCUAAGGACUAGCUGUUUCCUUUGUACGUGUGUCUAAUAGAGGAGCCCUUUGCUUGCAGAUCAAUCAACAAUUAAGGCAGGCAAAAUGGUUAUGUGAUUUCAUUUAUAUUCUGUUAAUGCUGAUGGCUGUGAUUAUGGAUGGCCCACCCGUGGGUUUAUUUUUAAAGUCAUGGUAAUAUUUACCCUGCAAGCUUCCGGGUGCCGGCUUAGAAUUCUAGCACCUUCGUGCUGUAUUGAUCCCUCACAGGUAGCUUGUUUUAGAAAGAUUUAUUAUCCGCUUAUCUGCUUCGUAUUUUAAUAUGCGUGCCGUUCUGUGUGUGCUAGCUAUCCAUUAUCAUAAACCGGUAGUGGGCUCUCUCCAGGAGCAGAUGGACAAGAGGCAGACAAAGGCAACCUGGCCCCAAAGGCAGGAUUUCUGCUGUUGGUUCCAGCAUGGGUUCUGUUCUUUUUUUCUCCCAGAGAAGAUAGAUCUGUGGACACUCAACAUCUGCAGCAGACCUUAAAGACCUACCCUUCUGAGGUGUGGAGCAGUCUUUUAUUUGGAGAGAAAGCCAAAGGUUUCCAGGACAGUUAUGUGCCCAUAAAAAAGCAAAAGGAGAAGGACCUCUAACCUGACUAUGGAUUCUGGAGAAAGAUUGCUCAACAGCCUAUGGGAAAAGCCAUGUCUGUAGUGAUGCAUCUUUGCCACGAUAUUAAUAUUUCCCACACGAACAGCAACUGGUCAAAGGGUGUUCGUGCUUCCCUGUAUAGCGUAAUGUCACUCAUAAUUCUGGCCACUCUAGUUGGCAAUUUAAUGGUAAUAAUUUCUAUAUCCCAUUUCAAGCAACUUCAUACACCCACAAAUUGGCUCCUUCAUUCCAUGGCCACAGUGGACUUUCUGCUGGGCUGCCUGGCGAUGCCUUACAGCAUGGUGAGAACAGUUGAGCACUGUUGGUAUUUUGGAGAAACUUUCUGUAAAGUUCAUACCAGCACAGAUAUUAUGCUCAGCACGGCAUCCAUUUUCCACCUAUCCUUUAUUUCCAUUGACCGCUACUAUGCUGUGUGCCACCCAUUGAGAUACAAAGCCAAGAUGAAUGUCUGGACUAUUUUUGUGAUGAUCCUCAUUAGUUGGAGCAUCCCUGCUGUGCUUGCAUUUGGGAUGAUCUUCCUGGAGUUGAACUUCAAAGGAGUUGAAGAACUGUAUCACAGACAGGUUUGCUGUCUGGGCGGGUGUUUUGCCUUCUUUAGCAAAGUGUCUGGGGUACUGGUCUUCAUGAUGUCUUUCUAUAUACCUGGAUCUGUAAUGUUAUUUGUUUACUCUAGAAUAUAUUCCAUAGCUAAAGGACAAGCAAAGUCAAUUAAUGGCACACAUCUGCAAAUUGGAUCGGAAGAGAAAAACAGAAUGCCACAAAACAAAGAAACUAAAGCUGCAAAGACCUUAGGGAUUGUGAUGGGCGUUUUUCUCAUAUGCUGGUGUCCUUUUUUUAUCUGCAUGGUCCUGGACCCUUUUCUGGGCUAUGUUAUUCCACCCAGUUUGAAUGACGUACUGAGUUGGUUUGGAUACCUGAAUUCUGCCUUCAACCCAAUGGUUUAUGCCUUUUUCUAUCCUUGGUUCAGAAGAGCACUAAAGAUGAUUCUCUUUGGCAAAAUUUUCCAAAAAGAUUCAUCUAGGUUUAAGUUAUUUUUAUAAUGCAAUCCAUGAAACCAUUAUAUGUUACUGUUUUGUAAAAACAGUUGAUUAUAUUUAUGAUAAUAGUGAACCAACAUUAGGCACAUGGGCUUUUAAAAUUUUUUAUUUGAGUUAAAUAUAUAUACGAGUUAAACUUUCAUGUUUGUAUAUAAUCUGAUAUUUGGCACCAAAUAGAUGUGGUCUCUGACAUUAUUGCUAUGCAGUAUUAAAGACUUACAUGUCAAAGAAUUGUCCUUGCCCUUAGAUGACCUUCUGUGAAUUGACAGCAGUAAUUUAUUCAUUCAGCAACUGAAUCACACAGCUGAAUUCAGAGUACAAAUUAGAAGGAAUAUAUUUAUGUUAUAUUACACAUAUAUGUAUAGUAUAUGUAUAGUAUAAUACAAGUUGCCUCUAUUCAGUCUAAAACACUACUUUGAAUUCCUUACCUGUUGACGGAGGCUGCUUAUUCAUUUCCCAGCUGCCCAGGACCAAAAUAAUCACACAGAAACUACUCAUUACAACACUGCUUGGCCAAUUAUUUUGCAUGCAUAUUUCUAACUAACUCUUACAUCUUUAAUUAAUCCAUUUCUAUUAAUCUAUGCAUUACCACGAGGCUCGUGGUUUACCAAUAAAGUCCUCCAGCGUCUGUCUUCUUCAGUAACUACACAGCACCUCUUUGACACCACCUGUGUUCUCUCUAUAUCCCUUUCAGACUGGCUAUAUUCUGACCUGCUAUAGGCCAAAACAGCUUCAUUCAUUAACCAAUAAAAAAGCAGCAUGUAUACAGAAGGACAUCCCACAUCACUUUCCCUAUGAGACCAGUUUGUUAAAUUUCAAAAGGGAAACAUAUUUUUGAAGAAUUUUCUGUACUUUACAGUGAGUUUUCUGUUGUUUUUCUUAUUUAUCCUGAGAUGUCCCUCAAAGAUUUUUUUCUAAAUAUUGAAUAAGUCGUUAAAAAAUUGUUAUUUUGAUUUACAUGAAGAGAAAGGCUCUAGAAAUGAAGGCCCAAGGAUCCAGAAAUAACUGUCUGGAUUUAUGUGCAGCCAUGCAGAUGUGUGAUUAGAAGACAAAAAGAUAGAAUCUAAUACUAAUAAACUGGGUGAAACUGGAAAAAAUGUAUUUUAUUGUAACCAUCGUUGCUAGUAUACAAUAAAGCUUAUAUUUAUUCUCA